AAACAGCUGAAAACUCAAACCCCUUUUAUGUUUUUCAUAUUUGUUCACUGAAUUUGUGCUAAAAAACCCAUUUUGAUUCAUAUAGUUGAAGGGUAAAAUAGUGAAAUAUUAUUGAAAAAAACUUAUUUUUGAUACUUUUAUGUUGAAAACUCAAACCCCUUUUCUGUUUUUCAUAUUUGUUUACUGAAUUUGUGCUCAAAAAACCAUUUUGAUUCAUAUAUUUGAAGUGGAAAAUAGCAAAAUAUUCUUGAUUUUGAUACUUUUAUGUUGAAAGUAGAAAUAGGGGCUUAAUGGGUGAGGCAAUAAUGAAUUUGGGUUCACAAUUAUCCGGGUCGGAUCGGGGUUCGGAUAGUUCAUCAUUGUUUCAUAGAAGGAUUGAGUUUCAUUUAGCAAGAAAACCAUUUAAUGGUUUUAUUAACAGUGGGAAAAAUAAUAAUAGUGGGGGGUUUAAGCUUGAAACACUGAACCCGAAUACUGAGACCCGUAAAGAAAACGGGUCGGGGAAAAAAGGCGGUGGUGACGUGGCGAUGGAAAGUAACGGGAUGGAUAUGGAAGUGAGCUUUGGUAUUGCAUUCAGAAAAAUUAUGAGAAUUGGAGCCGGCUUGCAAAAUCUUGGGAAUACAUGCUUCCUUAAUUCAGUGUUACAGUGUCUAACAUACACUGAGCCUUUAGCAGCAUACUUGGAAAGUGGGAAACAUCAAAAUUCCUGUCGUAUGGCGGGUUUUUGUGCUUUAUGUGCCAUCCAAAAACAUGUGAGUCGUGCUUUGCAGGCAACUGGGAAAAUACUGGCUCCCAAGGAUCUUGUGUCAAACUUGCGAUGCAUAUCCCGGAAUUUUCGAAAUGCCAGACAGGAGGAUGCACAUGAAUACAUGGUGAAUCUGCUUGAGUCGAUGCAUAAAUGUUGCUUACCUUCAGGAGUGCCAAGUGAAUCCCCCAGUGCUUACGAGAAAAGUUUGGUUCAUAAGAUAUUUGGUGGGCAUCUUCGCAGUCGGGUGCAGUGCAUGCAGUGUAAAUUUUGCUCUGACAAGUUUGACCCAUUUCUGGAUUUAAGUCUAGAAAUUCACAAGGCAGAUUCACUACGCAAAGCACUUGACCAUUUCACUGCCAGAGAGCUAUUAGAUGGCGGUCAGAGGCAGUACCAAUGUCAGCAGUGCAAACAGAAAGUGAAGGCUAUCAAGCGGUUGACGAUUGACAAGGCACCUCAUGUCCUAACCAUCCACUUGAAGCGAUUUGGUUCACAUGUCCCUGGGCAAAAGAUUGAUAAAAAGAUUCAUUAUGGGCCUGCUUUAGACUUGAAAGAUUUUGUAUCCGAUACCUAUGGUGGUGAAAUGAAGUACACUCUCUAUGGUGUGCUGGUUCAUGCUGGUUGGAGCACCCAUUCUGGUCAUUAUUAUUGCUUUGUUCGCACUUCAAGUGGAAAUUGGUACUCCCUUGAUGACAAUCAGGUGGUUCAAGUGAGUGAGAGAAAAGUGUUGGAGCAGAAGGCAUACAUGUUGUUCUAUGUUCGGGAUAGGAAAUCUCCUGUGCCGAAGAAGUCGGUAAAUGUUGCCCGCAAUGAUAAUGUGAUUACUGAUGCCAUAGGAAACAAAAUAUAUUCUAAUCACAGCCAGAGAUUUAAGGAUACUGUUCAAAAUGGAUUUCAUGUGAAUAAUGUGGAUUCCUUUUCUGGUGCAAAAGAUCAAAGGGGGACAUUAAGUGCCGAAGUUUCAAAGGAGAGAACUUCAACAAAUGGUCUGGUACCCCCAAAGGUCAAUGGUGUAGUAGUUAAUGGACAGCCAGAAAAUCUGUCGAAAGUGCCAGAAACAGGUGACAAGGCAAAGGAGUCUGUUGUAGACCCGAAGGGUGGACCAUGCAUUAAAGCUAAUCCAACAGUUCCUGUUUCCAAUGGAAUUCAUAAACUUGAAAUCAAGGGGGAAACAAGAUGCGUAGACUCUACCCCACUAUGUAAUGGCAAUGUCAACGUCAAAGAGUUGACUAAUGACAAAGAUCCAAGUACUUCUGAAAAACUGUUGAACAUAGAUAUCCACAAGCAAGAGGAAAGCAGCAAGGCAAACACCAACUCUCGAGUGGUAAAAGACAUCUCCAAUGGAAGUUUAGGUGAUUCAGCUGUUAAAGUCAAUAACGAUGUUGGACAGAGAAAAGCAGUUGCUGAAUCGGCCAGAGCAGUGAGCCAACCAACUAUAACUAGCUUGACGGAAAAGGAAGCUGUUGACAAGACCUGCUUGAAAGCCAAAAGGAAGUCUCUCAAGAGUCGUGUUACCAAGAUGAAUCUCAGCUUUAUGAUCUUAGAUCCAACCUUAGGACUGAAAAGGAAGAAAAAACCCAAACGAAUGAAACAUAAACUUGGAAAGAGAAAGCGUAGCAGUCCCAGUUCCUUGGAUGAGAGUGUCUCUUCUGGUCUUGGUCCGUCUACAUCCAAGUUAUCCCAUACUUUGAUCCCUUUUCCAAUGCCUUCUCAAAAAAAGAAAUCAAAAUUUGGUUCCAAUGAGAAAGCUUCCACUUUAGAUACAAAAACUGCUACAGUUGAUGAUGUGAGGGUUGUGAACAAUGGCACUGUAUUAGCAAAUGACAAGCAACCACAAAAAAGUUCUAGCUUGGCAUCCGUAGGAAAUCAAGGUGGUGACAAUAGACGGUCAACGGAUGCUAAAGAGACUAAAGUAAUUGCAACACAGAAAGGUCUGUUGAACAUGCUUACGAGAGGUUUGGAGUCGAGCGUUCCACGUUGGGAUGACAUGGAAGUUCCUUCCUUGAAUGGUGUUGAAGCACAGAAUGGGAAUUGUGUCAGCAUUGGGUACAUUGGAGAUGAGUGGGAUGAGGAAUAUGACAGAGGUAAGAGGAAGAAGAUUAGGAGCUCCAAAAUUGAAUUUGGUGGACCAAACCUUUUCCAAGAAGUUGCAAGCAAAAAGGCAAAGGUAAAGAAAGCGAGGCUAGAGCGUUCUAGCUCUGCAAACCGGCCUUUCAGGAUAUUAUAAUGAAUCCCAGGACAUAUUUUGACUUAACCUAUCGAGAAGCACAACCCCACGAAUUGAACACGAGUUUCACUGAGAUGGCAACGGUUUGCAUCCCAGCUUGGUCCAUAUUUAGCUCUGGCUGCUAAGCUUAUUUGUAAGCCUACUAUUUGAAGGCUUGGGUAAUGUGUAUGCUCUUACCUUUUUUGUUACCAGUGAUUUGCCUCAGUUUUGGCUGUGUGAGGUCUUAAGAAAGAUGUAACGUUCUGGACAUUGGAUCAUGACUCAUUAAAUGAAUAACAUUUGUGUUUGAAAAUGCUUAUUCACUUUCUGUUUGUCCAUAAAUGAUACUUGUGUAUUUGUGAACACUGGUGAAAUAUUAAAAAGAGUUGUUUUGAGGAAUAUUUCAA